GGUACGCGGCAGGAGGGGACCGCCGAGACCGGGUUGCAUAACUCGGCAAGCCAGGACGGGGAGGGCGGCGACGGGCCGAGGGGUUACGAGUGGAGCAGGCAGCAGGUAGCAGGUAGCAGGUAG